GUAGCAGACAACUAGACAUGUGUGUGAUGUAAGGAAUCCCUUCAGACAGCAUUUUCACCAAAUCAUGAGUAUAACUAAACAAAAUAUCUAGGUGAAUCUUAGUGCUCUCCAACCAGCCAGAUAGCUAGCUAAGCUCAGCAAACCAAAACAAAACCCCAUUGGAAAUAUACCCAAAACAAAGCACACCAUAUUCCCCACUUCACAUUCAUAUUACAUCACAAAUUCACAAUCUUACCUCCAACCCCAUUCUUCUUCAGACUCGUCAGACAUGUCCGACCUUAAUUUCCACCUCUACCUCUUCUUCUUCCUCCUCCAAUUUGCUCUCUUCUCCACCAGCCAUGUCCAAGCUCUCACUUCACCUUCAGACAUCUCAGCUCUCAAAGCCUUCAAAGCCUCAAUCAAACCUUCCUCCAUUCCCUCCUGGUCCUGCCUAGCUUCAUGGGACUUCACCACCGACCCAUGCACUCUCCCCCACCGACUUCACUUCACUUGCGGUAUCACCUGCUCACCGGACUCCACCCGGGUCACCCAGAUCACACUCGACCCGGCCGGCUACUCCGGCACCCUCACCCCUCAAAUUUCUCAGCUCACCCAUCUCUCCACUCUCGACCUCUCCGAGAACUCCUUCUUCGGCUCAAUCCCAUCCUCCAUUUCCUCCCUCUCUUCCCUCCAAAUCUUAACUCUCCGAUCCAACUCCUUCUCCGGCUCACUCACUCCCUCCAUCACCAAGCUCAAGUCUUUAGAAUCCCUCGACAUUUCCCACAACUCCUUAUCAGGGUUCCUUCCAAAUUCAAUGGCUUCUUUAUCCACCUUGAGAAGACUCGAUCUCAGCUUCAACAAGAUCACCGGAUCACUCCCAAAGCUUCCACCGAAGCUUCUAGAACUUGCCCUGAAGAGCAACUCGCUAUCUGGGCCCUUAUCGAAUUCGUCCUUCGACGGGUUGACUCAGCUGGAAGUCGUCGAGCUCAGCCAGAACUCGUUCUCCGGCACCCUACAGUCGUGGUUCUUCCUUAUCCCUUCUCUGCAACAAAUCGACCUCGCCAAUAACAGCCUGACAGCAGUCGACAUCACCCGGCCAACUUCGGGCGGAGGCGGCGGGGAACUCGUGGCCGUCGACUUGAGCUUCAACAGAAUCGAAGGCUACGCGCCCGCGAAUUUCGCGGCAUUUCCGAGGCUGUCGUCGCUGUCGGUUCGAUACAACAGGCUACGUGGCAAGAUCCCAGUAGAGUACGGGAAAAACAAGUCGUUGAAGCGGUUGUACUUAGACGGUAACUUUCUGAACGGACAACCGCCGCCGGCGUUGUUAACGGGAAGUUCGGGAAUCUCCGGCAGCUUGGGGGAUAAUUGUCUACAGGGGUGUCCAUCAUCAGCUAAGCUGUGUCUUCCGUCGCAGAAAUCAAACGCGAUAUGCAAGCAAGUCUAUGGUGGAGGAAGAGGAAGACCGAGGUCUUGAAGUGUCGGAUUUGCCGGUCAAAUUGUUAUUAUUAUUUUUUUCUGAAGUUAUUUGUUAACUAAAAUAUAGUGUUCUAGCUAAUAAAACAAAUGUAUGAUGCUCGUUGUUUAGCAAAUUUGUAAUAUAGAGAUUUAUACAUUAGAGAACUUUGGAUUGUUGGGUGAUCAAACAAUCAUAAUGUAGUGAUGAUAAGAACCUAGAAGUGGUUACACCUCUCAAUUAUUGGAGAUUGGGCAUGAUCAUAACAAGUUGGUCCUGAUGUUUAUGGGGGAUGGGUUGCUA